AAGGCCGCGUCCCGCAGCUGUCGCAGCUGUCGUGCUGCGCACUGCGACGGGCGUGGCCUGGGCUCCCGGGAGGGAGGGCACUGCAUGUCCUUGGGCGGAGAGGGGAGGUGACUCGGCGACGAGGAGGACGCAGAAUGAGGGCCCUGAGGGUCUCCCAGGCGCUGGUCCGCUCCUUCAGCUCCACCGCCCGGAACCGCUUUGAGAACCGAGUGCGGGAGAAACAGAAACUCUUCCAGGCGGACAACGACCUCCCGGUGCACUUGAAGGGCGGGGCGACAGACAACCUCCUGUACCGGCUCACCAUGGGGCUGUGUCUCGGUGGAACUGCCUACAGCUUGUACUUCCUUGGCUGGGCCUCCUUCCCUCACAAUAAGUGAGACCAAGAAGCCUGAAGGACCUCAGGGACUUGGACGAGCAUCAAUAAACACUGACCUCUGUA